GCUUAACCUUGGACGUCACUAAACCUCCUAAUCCCCCGCAUAUCGAGGGCUCAGCACAUCUUUACCACUCAUCUUUAAGUUUUUAAAAAAGUUCGCAGUUCUCAUUUUCCUUUUUUUUCUCGUAUUGGGGUCAGCAUUAGAAACCUGUAUUCCCCUUUUCUUAACUUCCCAUACUUCUUCCUCUCCAAUUUUGAAUUGUCUACGAAAACAUUUACAAUCGUUUCAGACUUUCGUUUUUUGAUACGCAUGUUCUCGGUUUGAUCAGCCAGCAUCGUUUGGCUGCUGGUCUCGGUCGCACGGACAUAAUCGACAACAGCAAUCAACAUCCACCAUCACGAUGGGGAUCGCCGAACGAAGAUCGAUCCGCUCUUGCAUCACACGCAUGUCUCGCCCGCAAAAAAUUGGCCUGGGUGCCUUGGUUUUCCUAUUCAUUCUUUAUAGUUUAACACCAUACGAUAGUCGACCACGAUCCUUUUUCCGGUUCCAACAAAAUGUUAUGCAAGAUUAUUACCAGAAUGCCCUCCCGAGCGAUUCCUGGCUCUUCAAGCCGCAACCUUACCCCAUCGACCCUAGUAAUGAUAUCGGCAUAGUAAUCAAGACCGGAUUUGGGACAAAAAAAAGGGUUCCAGCGGCGCUGCAAGCGUUGAGUAGCGAGUCCUUAAAUGCGGACACCAUCGUUGUUCAGGAUUUUCCGCUGUUCCCGGGUCAGAAGAAUUAUACAUUGGCUAGUGGGAAAGAAGUGCCGGUCAUCGAUAUCAUUGGGUGGAACCUAGAACGAGGCUCUCUAAGGGGCCAAGAACAACACGAGCGCGUGAUGAAAUAUAUUAACCUUGCCGAUGCUGUUGACGGCGAAGAGUGGAUGUUAGCUGAUACGUUAGGCAAGGACAUGGGAUGGGAACUAGAUGCGAUGAAGUUUCUCCCAAGUCUCGAAUAUAUCUGGCACACUAUGCCGAAAAAGAAGUGGUACAUAAUGUUGGACGACGACACCUAUAUCAUCAAAUCAUCCUUGGCUUUGCUCCUGGGACACUUAAACUACGGCAAACCGCAGUUCAUUGGUAACCCUGUAGGCGACUACAAGGGUCGUUUCCCACACGGCGGAUCAUCCGUAGUUAUAUCCGGCGCUGCUCUGAGCAAACUAUACGAAGAGCAUCCCGAGGUCGUUGCUGAGGGCCACCAGGAAUCGGCCACGGCAAUCUAUGGCGAUAAGCUACUUUCUACAACGUUUAUGAAAAUAGGCAUCUAUCUUGACGAGACAUACCGACGCCUGUUUAACGGCGAACCCCCUUGGAUGACGCGGAUGUGGAUCGACAGAUUCUGUCUGCCCUUAGUGUCGUUCCACGGCCUCGGCAACGACGACGCUAUGCUACAUGUAGGCGAUACGUUCAAGAAUAUGACGGAACCCGUGUUUUGGAGACAGUUGGGGAAGAUUUAUGGCGCUCCGAACUUCGCUUCGUUUAUUGCCGAACCGAUUCGAUCUAACGUGGAUUAUGUGGGACGCCUGGACGAGUACAGCAAAACCAUAGACAAGGUCACAGAAGUUGAUGCAUGUCUCAAAAUCUGCAAUGAUCACUCAACAGAAUGCUUAGCUUGGACGUUUGAUCCAGGACGUCAACAAUGUCACAUUGCGCGAUGGGCAAUCCUAGGAGAUGUUGCUGAGGGUCGGUUUUCUGGUAUAAAUGGGCAGCUAGCUCAGAAGCUAGAAAGCUCAUGUCACGGCCCAACGUAGGGCCAUUUUGUCUCUUUCAAUCUCUGGUAUUCUGUUCUAUAUAUGUACGGGUCGGUAUGACAUAAACGAACUGUCUCAUUCAGCAGAGACGUACUGUUUGGACGGGCGGCGUUAUACAUAGACUUCGCAGAGGGAAGGGGACACGUGACUUGGAAUGAUACCCGGGAUGGAAUGUAAUUUAUAAUGAAGUUUUUUAAUCCUAAUUGGAUCCAACUGUAUAUUCUUAUAGCUCUAUGAACGACGAAUGCAAAACUUCUUCCCA